ACCAUCUGUUGCCCUACUGUCGAACAGGAAUGUGGAACUUCCGCAAAGUACCGCCGACGGGCAGAAAUAUUGCAGAAGUAAAAAGAUAGGUAGCAGUGGCAGAAAAGCGGGAAUCCUUCUUGAGGCUUCUGGGUCAUUAGUUCAUUGCCAGUGCAGCGUCAAGCGCGUCUGCUCAACUUUUGUCAUCGCAAAAGCUUUGUCGUCUGCUCGAAUGCUCCAUUGAUGUGGGAAUGUACCGUGGAGGACGUUUGCACCGUGGAUACUAUUCGGAUAACAUCGUACAGUUUCCACGACUCAAUGGCAAAGUGGAAGGUGAGACACCGACAGACAACGGGAUUAAACCAAGACUGGCUGUGGACAUUCGAGGUCUUCGAAUAUCCUAUGGCCGAGGCAAUAACGCUGUCGAGACACUUCGAGGAAUUGACCUCACUCUCCCAGAGGGAAAGAUUUAUGGGUUGCUGGGACCGAGUGGAUGCGGAAAAACCACCUUACUUCGUUGCGUCGUUGGUCGAUUGAAGCCACGCCAUGGAAAAGUGCUGGUGUUUGGACAAAAACCCGGUUCCUCUGACAGCUCUUACAUCCCUGGACCAGCUGUUGGUUACAUGCCACAGGAGCUGACACUUUAUCCGGAAUUCUCCAUUGUGGAGACGCUCACGUAUUUUGGCCGAUUGUUCCGCCUUGAGAAUCACCUGAUAAGAGAGCGGACUGCCUUCCUCGUCAAGUUCCUUGGUCUUCCCGAAAAGAGUCGAUUAGUGAAGAACCUGAGUGGUGGUCAGAAGAGGCGUGUCUCUCUAGCAGCCGCCCUUGUCCAUCGACCUCCUUUACUUAUCCUGGAUGAGCCUACCGUUGGGGUAGAUCCAUUGCUCAGGCAAAGUAUAUGGCAUUACCUGGUCACCCUAACCCACCGAGAAGGGAUCACCGUUAUUGUCACCACUCAUUACAUCGAGGAAGCACGACUGGCGAACAUUGUAGGUCUAAUGCGCCAAGGUCGCAUGUUGGCUCAAGCGGUUCCCGAUACCUUGAUGGAGCAGUACGGCAUGUCCACUUUGGAAGACGUCUUCCUCAAGCUCUGCAUGGCUGACGCGAAUAAUGUGCUUUCCGCUAGUCAGCUCAUGCUGUCCCAAUCUAAUCUGACAAGCAGCAAAGGCAACUACACGACUCCAUUGGUCCCAACAAUAGCUGCUCCCAACAACAACAACAACAACGAGUGGAACCUCGAGAAGGUGGUGCCAAAGAAACAGCCCUUCGUCGAUUCUUGCUACAGGACAUGGGCACUAGUUCGCAAGUCACUCACCAGGCUGCAUAGAAACUUACCCGUGUUGCUGUUCACAUUUCUGGUGCCAUCUAUUCAAGUGAUUCUCUUCUGUCUGUGCAUCGGCUCUGAUCCUUUCGAUCUGCAAAUCGGUGUCGUCAAUCAGGAUUAUCAUCCUCUACUGAGCACACCAUUUCUGCAACAACUCGAUAAUGUUACUCUCAACCAGGUCCGGUACAAAGAUUUGGAGAGUGCCAUAGGAUCGGUGAAGAAGGGUGAAACCUGGGGUGUCAUCUCUAUAGGGAGUAACUUCUCCACGGCGCUUCAAUACAGGUUCCUCCUAGGGGUUGAUGCUGAUAAUAAAACCAUCCAAGAGAGCAGCAUCAAUGUAUACCUCGACAUGACUAAUCAACAGAUAGGAUAUACAGUUCAAAAGGCCAUCUUCGAAGCAUUCGCCUCUUUCACGGAAACCAUUCUGAAGCGCAUGAACAAGAAUCCAGCUCUGGCUCAACUGCCCGUCGUGGUGAAGCCUCCCAUCUAUGGUGUGGGGAAACCGAGUUUUACGGAGUUUAUGGCACCUGGGAUCAUCAUUAGCAUCACAUAUAUCAUGGCCGUUGGACUGACAGCCAUAUCCAUCGUAUCCGAACAAAAGGAAGGCCUUCUGGAAAGAAGUUGGGUAGCAGGUGUUCGUCCAUUGGAGGUGAUCCUUUCUCACGUCAUCUGUCAGUACCUGGUUAUGUUCGUGCAAGUGUCUGGCCUCCUCAUCUUCACCUUCCUGGUCUUUGAAAUACCCUCUCGUGGCCCUUUCGUCUGGGUUGUCUUACUCACUCUCCUUCAGGGUUGUUGUGGUAUGACCUACGGACUACUCAUCUCUUCCAUGUGCGUGGAAGAGAACUCUGCCAUCAUGUUGGCAUUAGCCUCUUUCUAUCCGAACCUACUUCUCAGCGGUGUCGUGUGGCCGACGCAAGCCAUGCCGUACUACAUGAGAUACAUCAGCUACGGGUUGCCUCAAACCAUUCCUACUGAGUCAUUGCGAUGUAUUCUAUCUCGAGGCUGGGGCAUCGAACACACCGUCGUCUGGCUCGGUUUUGUCGUCUCAGCUGCCUGGUGCAUCGUCUUCCUCAUCUGCUCAGCCAUCGCUUUCAGAUUACGAAAAUAGAAACAACUCGAAAACAAGACGGACUUGCUGUACAUAGCUCCGACGAAGAGGUGUCUUGUUCUCUAACAAAGUGAUCGUCAAAUAAGAAUCCCCUCGAGUUUCA